CUCUCAGCUGUGUUUCUGAAUACACUUCCCUCUGCAACUCAUUUUUAUUUUCUUAAAGGAACCAAAGGAGAAAACUGAUACCAAAGAAUAUCAAUUCCUGGUUCUUGGCAGCAUACCAUCACCUUUGGUAGAAGUUCCAUUUCAGAAUGAAGGGAGCCAGGCUGAUGGGGGUGCUGCUCACCCUGACUGGGGUGCUGCACGUGGUCCUGCCCCUGAGAAUAGCAGCCUUCAACAUCCGGACUUUUGGGGAGACCAAGAUGUCUAAUGAUACCCUCUCCAACUACAUCGUGCAGAUCCUGAGUCGCUAUGACAUUGCCUUGGUCCAGGAGGUCAGAGACAGCCACCUGACGGCCGUGGGGAAGCUGCUGGACAGACUCAAUCAGGAUGACCCCAGCGCCUACCACUACAUAGUCAGCGAGCCGCUGGGUCGCAGCACCUACAAGGAGCGCUACCUCUUUGUGUUCAGGCCUGACCAGGUGUCGGUGCUGGACAGCUACCUGUAUGACGACGGCUGCGAGCCCUGUGGGAAUGAUACCUUCAGCCGAGAGCCAGCCGUUGUCAGGUUCUCCUCCCCAUUCACCACGGUCAAGGAGUUUGCCAUCGUCCCCCUGCAUGCGGCCCCACAGGAUGCAGUGGCUGAAAUCGACUCUCUGUACGAUGUCUACCUGGACGUCCGGCAGAAGUGGGGCUUGGAGGACAUUAUGCUGAUGGGUGAUUUCAACGCUGGCUGCAGCUACGUGACCCAUUCGCACUGGUCGUCCAUCCGUCUGCGCACAACCCCCACCUUCCAGUGGCUGAUCCCCGACACCGCCGACACCACGGUCACGUCCACGCACUGCGCCUACGACAGGAUUGUGGUCACCGGUACUCUGCUCCAGAAUGCCAUUGUUCCCGACUCCGCUGGUCCCUUUGACUUCCAAGCUGCAUACGGACUGAGCAACCAGACGGCCCAAGCCAUCAGUGACCACUACCCCGUGGAGGUGACGCUGAAGAGAGCCUGACGAGAGCAGGCCGGGGCCCCGCCCGACCUCAGCUGCUCUCGCUGGCCGGUGGCUGCUGCUGGGGACCUGCACAAGGGACUGAGAACGGCGGCUGGUGCUGUUCUCACCUUCAGGUUCUGGGGAAGGAGUUUAGGAAACCAGUGCGAGUUCCCUGAGCACAGGGCCAGCGCCCCUCUCUCCCCUCCCUACUGCCCCCCUGACCACUAUUCCAGCUUGAGGAAGAGGAUGGAAAGUAGGCCUUUUCUCACUGUCCUGCAUCCAUGUCAGCAUGGGGUUGUAACUUACCCUGUCAGUAUGCACACCAAGCCCAGCAUUUAGAUGAAGAAACAUCUUUUAAUUUAAGUAAAUAAAGCUCAAAAGGGGGUGUUCUCA